AUAUGUUGGAGUCAGCUGUGUACCCGUGCCUUGCUUCCAAUCGAGAGCUACAGGAACUUCGACGCCUGUGAGUUUACGAAAAGAAGGAAAAAUAUGAAUUCGCUUAAAAGUCUCAGUGUAGAAUUGUUGCUCGUGAUUUUCGUUGUCGUUAUCCAGAGUGUCUUGGGUUAUUCUAACUUUAAUUCAAGAGCAAAACGCUCUGACGAGUAUUUCGUGGUUAGUUUUGAGGAUGACCCCAACCCCGGUCAACCGCUCUAUGUGACGCCUCUUCUUAAGGCUGGGGCUGUUGACUACGCAAGAAACAAAGCAGAAGUUGUCCAUUCCCAGAUGCACGUCCGGAGUUACGCUGGUUAUUUCACUGUCAACGAGACACUCAAUUCCAAUUUGUUCUUUUGGUUUUUUCCUGCUACGCAGGUGAGCCCGGAGAAUGCUUCUGUACUUCUUUAUCUAGGAGGUCAAGCUCGUGGAAAUCUGUUUUCUGAUAUAUUCACGCAAAAUGGUCCAUUCGAAAUGAAACAUGGCAAUUUCUUGGAUCCCCGUAAGGAAUCCUGGAACAAUAAAUUGAACGUCAUUUACAUUGACGCGCAGGUUGGCUCAGGUUAUAGUUUCACAGAUUCGGAUGCGGGUUAUCCGACGUCGCAGAAACAAAUUGCUGAUGAUUUGUACACAGCUCUGAAGCAAUUUUUCCAGCUCUUCCCCUCGCUCCAACAAAACCAUUUUUUUCUGGCUGCUCAUGGUUAUGCGAGUAAAAUUGUAUUAGAGCUUUGCACUUUGAUCUAUGACCGUAAAAUAAGCGAGCCCAAAAAGAUCAAUCUGGAAGGCAUAGUGAUCGCUAACGGUAUUGUUGACCCAGUGAAUCAGUUUGUCUUUGCAAAUUUUCUCCGCAACAAUGAGCUCAUUGAAGCGACUGAUGAGUCAUGGUUCUCCGGCCAAGAGGAGCAUAUUAGGCAGUGGAUAACGCAGAAUAAUCACAUUCAGGCUUUCGAUAUGUACGAGCGACUGAUCAUGGGCAAAAGCUCUUACUUUAAUAAUAUAACCGGAUACUUGUAUCCCUACAAUGUCCUCAAAGCUGGGGACGAAGGAAAUUCUUAUUUUUCCAACGAAUGGAUCCAGUACAACGAACAGCGUCGUGCUCUCCACGUUGGCAGUAAUCAUUACACAGAGCUUAACGUCAUAGCACUAAACUCUCUCAGAGAUCAAGUAACCAUUUCCCAGGCUAAACGUUUGAGCGAAGCACUCGACAACUACUUCCGAGUUCUCGUCUACACUGGUAUUCACGAUAUUCUCUGCUCGCCUUUGUCUGUUCAGAAUUAUCUUGGGUGCUUGAAAUGGCGCUACAGUGAUCAAUUCAGGCAGGCUGACAGAGAACUGUGGCGUGUCAGCAAUGGCCAACUAGCUGGUUACAUUAAAAAAUCACAUGAACCUGGUAGUAUUUACCUCACCGAAGUCAUUGUCAGGAAUGCCGGACACUUUUCUUCUCACGAUCAACCACAAUGGACUUUGGAACUCGUGGAGAAAUUCGUGGAAGAUUCGCUCUAGAGAAUAGAAACGUGGAUGCUACAUUUGCCAAAGUUUUAUUAAAUUUUAAUUUUUUGUUUAAUCAACAUUAAUUCCUUAAACAACAUGAUGUGAGGAGUCAUGAAUUUUUGCAUAUUCUACGAUAAGAGUGACAUUCGUCAAGAAAAAUGGCCUAUCGAGGUUACGCCAGAAUAUUGCCUGUUUUGGUACAAUUUUUAUUCUAAGAUUAAUUUUUUUUUAUAAGGUACAAGCGCAUAAUGCAAUGGAUGUAUUUUUAUGAAAAAUUUUGAAAUAAAUGAUUUAAUAAUUUUUUUAAAAGUCGUAUUGUAAGGGAAAGUACGUUAUCAAUAUGUCAACAAAUAAAAGUUGUAAAACGAG